GACCUUGUCGCUUCCUCCUGCACCAGAGAUCAGUCGGUUUCAACGACAGCAACCUGCUCGCUCAGCCCUGCAAACGCAGUCCUCCAUCCAACCGCUGCCGCCAUGAAGAUCACCAUCAACAGCUGGAACGCCCACGCAUAUUGGAAAUGGGUGAUCGGCAACGCUGAUGAUGAAGGCGAAGACGACGAUGAGGAUAUUUGCGGCAUUUGUCGGUUUCCAUACGAUGCCUGCUGCCCGAACUGCAAGAACCCCGGCGACGACUGCUCGUUGCUGUGGGGCGAAUGCUCGCAUGUGUUCCACCUGCACUGCAUUACCCAGUGGCUCGUCACUCGAGAUCACUGCCCGAUGGACCGCAGCGUCUGGAAAACCAAGACAUGACCAGGCUUGCGUGGUCGUGAACCGACAUUCGACCCAUGGGAUGAACACACGGGCUUGAGUCUCGUGUCUGUUGGAAUGAGCAUGCAGUGUCAAGAAGUGACGGCCGACAAGCCCAGAGCAGCAUAGAGCCAAGCCCUGUGGAAGAGGCCGGGGCAUUUCCAUUCUGCUGAUGGAGAAUCAAUGACUCUGGCUGUGCAUCAAUUAGUCUCGGCAAGUGACUGGCAGACAACACGGCAGACAUUCUUGCUGGCCAUCGGAGUUUACGGCCAUCUGAUCAGUAUGUAGUGGGUGAACCUGAGCAAGAAUCCCAGAUGAAUUGUGAUGAGCAUAUGGAUGUGUCAAUCCGAUCACUGG